GCCAGAAAGCCAGCCUCUUCUCUCCGCCUCCUUCAGAAGAAGAUGGCGGCUCAGGCGGCAGCAGCGGGGUCCCGGGUGUGGGGUCGGCACUUUCUCCCUUCCUCAGGGCUUUUCUCCCGGCUCCAAGGCAACCAGAGCAGCGUCCAGAGACUGACCGGAAGGCCCUCCAUCCAAAACAGGCUCUUCAGCAACAACAAAAUCCUGGUGGAGUUGGAUGAAAACACAGGAGUCGCAACAAUGACGAUGAAGCAUCCGCCAGUGAACAGCCUCAACCUGGAAUUACUAACUGAGUUUUCCAUCAGUUUGGAGAAGCUGGAGAAUGACAAGGCUUGUCGCGGAGUCAUCCUGACCUCGGCCCUGCCCGGCAUUUUCUCCGCAGGGCUGGACAUCACUGAAAUGAGCGGCAAGAACGAGGCUCACUAUACAGAAUUCUGGAAAGCGGUCCAGGAGAUGUGGCUGACCCUUUACCAUUCCCGCGUGGCCACCGUCGCUGCCAUUAAUGGAUCUAGUCCAGCUGGAGGCUGCUUGAUGUCCCUGUCGUGCGACUACCGCAUCAUGGCUGACAACUCCAAGUUCCGCAUUGGGUUGAAUGAGACGCAGCUGGGCAUCGUGGCCCCAUUCUGGUUCAAAGACACCAUCACGAACACCAUCGGGCACCGGGCUGCAGAGCGCUCCCUCCAACUGGGCCUCCUCUAUUCCCCAGCGGAGGCCCUCCAAAUCGGCCUGGUGGAUGAGUUGGUGCCGGUAGAGAAGGUCCCCCUCCGAGCCACAGAGGUCAUGGCACAGUGGUUGGCCAUCCCAGAUCACGCCAGGCAGCUUUCCAAAUCCUUGAUGCGGAAGCCAACGCUGGAUCGUUUGGUGGCGCAUCGGGAGGCCGACAUCCAGAAUUUCGUCGGCUUCAUCUCCAGGGACUCCAUCCAGAAGUCCCUCCAGAAGGCUAUGGAGAGGCUGAAGCAAAGGAAAGGUUGACCACGGCAAAGGGCUCUUCACUGGUAGCCACACAGUCUUGGCCAGUUGCCCAAGUGCCUUUGGCUUCCCUUGCCCUUCCUUUAUGUGUGAGUUUUGGGGUGCAUUAUGGUUGGAUUUUUGCAGACUGAGCCCAGUUUGAGGGGAAGGGAUAGUCCACGCCCAGCCAUUUUGACUGGGCCCAGUUCAAUCCCAUUCUCACUGCCUUGGACCCAUCCAAGCACUGGGGGAGAUCCUUACCCUCCUCUCCUCGGAAGCUCUAGUCCAAUGGAUCCCUCUCUUUGGCCCUGGAGAUGUUUAGGGCUUCAGCCCCAACAGGGUCUUGUCGGUCAACCUCUGUGUUGAUUCAUCCCUGUUCCAGGGACCCUCAACUCUAGAUCUCUCAAAGAACCCUGCCAGGACUACAAAUCCCAAGAUCUCCAAGGACAGAGCCAUGAGAGCUAAAGUGGGGCCAAAUUGCUAAAAGGGUGCAAAGGAGGGUGUGGCCUUCGUUAAAUGUGAAUGGGCUUAAUAAACUGUUAAAACAGG